CGAUUUUCCAUUUUCUGGAAUUUUGCAAUUUUGCUUUUGGGUUUGUUUUCUUGGAUUUCUUAUUUUUCUUUGGCAUUUGCUUGCAUUUUAUUGGAAAGGCAGACUUGAAGCUGUUCGGAUAAUCUGGACUGAUGUUUGCGUCUGGAUGUGUUUUUCGUGAAUCUGCAGAAUGGAGCAUGACGGAUUGAGACGGCGCAAAAUCGCCGAAUCCGAAACAGCGGACCGUGUGGAUGCCAUCCAGAAGAUCGCUUCUCUGGACGUCUUUCCUAAAGUUCCUUCGGAUUUUCAGCAACCGACAAAGUUCGGAGCAAUCUUGACGGUAUCCUGCACAUUUCUGAUUCUCUUUCUGGUGAUUGUGGAAUUUCUCCAUUAUCGCGAACCGGAUUUCCAUUAUGGAUAUUCGGUGGAUACGGACCACAGCACCAAACUGCCGUUGGUCAUUGAUAUGACGGUGGCCAGCGCGUGCGAAGCCAUCGGCGCGGACAUUGUCGAUCUGGUGAACGAGAACAUCGACAUGGACGGCGGGCUGAACGAGGAGCCGGCGUACUUCCAGCUGGGUGAGGAGGACGAGCAGGCCUGGCAGAUGCGCCGGCACGUCAACCAGUACAUCUCCGAGGAGUACCACGCCCUGCACAAGCUCCUGUGGGUCAAGGGCUACCGCAGCGCCGUCGCCCUGCCCACCGCCCGCAAAAUCCACUUCCGGGGCAAUUUGCGACACGACGCCUGCCGCAUCUACGGGGUGGUGCAUGUCAAGAAGAUGGCCGGGAAUUUCCACAUUCUGGCUGGCAAGGCGCUGCACGGCGGUGAUCUGCACGCGCAUAUCAGUCUUUUUACCUCCGAAUCAGACACGAAUUUCUCCCAUCGAAUCGAGCGGUUUGCAUUCGGUGCGCAAGAUGUGGCCAUUAUUAAUCCGCUGGAUGGCGAGGAGAAAACCACCAAUAAACAUUCCAUAAGUUAUCAGUACAAUCUGAAAGUUGUUCCCACGGAUGUGUCCACGCGGGCGGGCUCGGCCAUGGCCUAUCAGUACGGCGUCCAGUCCAUGGAGCGGAUUCUGAAUCACUCAACAGGCAGUCAUGGCAUUCCGGGGAUUUUCAUCAAGUAUGACAUCAACCCACUGAAGAUCAGCGUCAGUGAGCAGCCGGUGCCUAUUCUGCACUUUCUGGUGCGCGUCUGCGGCGUGGUGGGCGGGAUCUUCGCCACGACCGGCAUCGUCAGCUCGCUGAUCCAAGUGAUCGUGCAGCGCGUGAUGGGACGCUUCUCCCAGCGAAAGAUCCCCUUCUACAAACAGGACUCUCUCCCCGACAAGGAUCUCCAUCCCAGUUCGCCGACCAGCAAGCAGACCGUCCAGGAUAAUGCGCUCUUCACCGCCUACGCACCGUCCACCGUCAAGAAUUUGUAGAUUGUCAUUGAGCUGGGUUUCUAAUGUUGUGUCGGUAUCAGCCAGGAAAUGUGAUAGAAAUUUUGGUUAAAUCUAUUCAUUUUGUCCAACUGGGGGUGACUUUUAAUUGGUGUGUAGCUUUGUUUUCAUGGUUAGUGUUGGACGAAGCUGUACGCGUGUUAAAAAUUUUAGAUUGUUUUUAUUACCUAUUAAAAACUGACA